AGAAGACGGAGGAAGGGGGCGGGCUUCUUCUUCGUUGGGCCUCCACUUCCGCCAUCUUUGUCAGGCGGGAAAGCAAAGAGACAGAGAGAGGGGCAUGAGGAUUCUCUGGAGCCAUCCCUGGUGUGAUGAGAAACAAACGAGCUUCAAGUGAAUAUUAAGGAAUUUGGAAACCAAAGUGCAGUAAAGAAACCAGUCCAGUAGGAAAAAGGAAUCCUCUCACUGUGCUCAUCUUGCUGAAUUCUUACAUUCACUUUUGAUCCUCAAGUAGAAUCCUAGAGUUGGAAUAGGCCACAUGGACCACCUACUACCUCUGAUGGCCAUCCAGCCUCUAUUUAAAUGCCUCCAAAGCAGCCUUCACUACACUCUUAAGGCAGAGAGUUCCACUGCUGAACAGUCAGAAAGUUCCUCCAAAUGUUACGAUGGAAUCUCCUUUCCUGUAAUUUGAACCCAUUUCUGUGAGUAAUUAGAAAGGGAUAAACAAGACUCAGAUGUCCAUACUACAAUUAAAUGUACAUAAUGUUGGCAUGGAGGAGAAAGCAUAUCAAUGUAUUGAAUGUGGAAAGAGCUUUAGUCAGCAUGGAAAGCUGAAGAUACAUCAAUGGAUUCACACUUGGGAGAAACCUUAUACAUGUCUGGAGUGUGGAAAGAGCUUUGCUCAGAGUGGAGGCCUAUGUUCGCACCAAAGGAUUCACACUGGGGAGAAACCCUAUAACUGCCAGGAGUGUGGAAAGAGCUUUGCUCACAGUGGAGGCCUGCGUUCGCAUCAAAGGACUCAUACUGGAGAGAAACCAUAUACAUGCCUAGAGUGUGGACAAAGCUUUGCUCAGAGUUCAAAUCUGCGUAGACAUCAAAGGUUUCACACUGGAGAGAAACCUUAUAAAUGCUUAGAGUGUGGACAGAGCUUCACUCAGAGUUCAGAUCUGCAAAAACAUCAAAGGACUCACACUGGGAAGAAACCCUAUACAUGCCUGGAAUGUGGAAAGAGUUUUGCUUGGAUUGGAAGCCUACAUUCACAUCAAAGACUUCACACUGGGGAGAAACCCAAUAAAUGCCUGGAGUGUGGACAGAGGUUUUCUGAUAGCACAGGUCUACGUAGACAUCAAAGGAUUCACACUGGAGAGAAACCGUAUAAAUGCUUGGAAUGUGGACAGAACUUCACUCAUAUUUCAAGACUACAUUCACAUCAAAGGAUUCACACUGGGGAGAAACCAUAUACAUGCAUGGAGUGUGGACAGAGCUUCACUGAGAGUGGACAUCUACGUUCACACCAAAGGGUUCACACUGGGGAGAAACCUUAUACAUGCCUGGAGUGUGGACAGAGCUUCAGUGAGAUUGGACAUUUACGUUCACACCAAAGGAUUCACACUGGAGAGAAACCAUAUACAUGCCUGGAGUGUGGACAGAGCUUUGCUCAGAGUUCAGGUCUACGUUCACAUCAGCGGAUUCACACUGGAGAGAAACCCUAUACAUGCUUGAAGUGUGGAAAUACCUUCACUCAUAGUUCAAGUCUACGUUCACAUCAGAUGAUUCACACCGGGGAGAAACCCUAUACAUGCCUGGAUUGUGGAAAGAGCUUCACUCAGAGUUCAGGCCUAUGUUCGCAUCAAAGGACUCACACUGGGGAGAAACCCUAUAAAUGCCUGGAUUGUGGUCAGAGCUUUGCUCAUAGAUCAGGUCUACAUAAACAUCAAAGGACUCACACUGGGGAGAAACCAUAUACAUGCCUGGAGUGUGGAAAGAGUUUCACUCAGAGUUCAGGUCUACGUUCGCAUCAAAGGACUCACACUGGGUAGAAACCCUAUAAAUGCCUGAAGUGUGGACAGAACUUCACUUAGAGUUCACAUCUACACAGACAUCAUUGGAGAAAAUUGUGAUAAUUGACGUCAGAGAGUAUUUCUAACGUACAAAAGCAACUCUGGUAAUGGAUUAUGAAGAUGUGCGAAUUUGCCAAAUUGAACAAACUGACCACAAUGUGGGCAAAUGUCAGUUGUGAUAUUUAUUAAUUGAAAGAAUGUUAUCAAAAGUGGAAGUGUGAUUACAUAGCUUUAUUUAAAGGGGGUAGAAUAAUAAGGGAUUUAUUUUUUUUUUUUGUGUCAGGAGCGACUUGAGAAACUACAAGUCACUUGUGGUGUGAGAGAAUUGACUGUCUGCAAGGACGUUGCCCAGGGGAUGCCUGAAUGUUUUGACGUUUUACCAUCCAUGUGGGUGGUUUCUCUCAUGUCCCUGCAUGGGGAGCUGGAGCUGACAGAAGGAGCUCAUCCGCACUGUCCUUGGAUUCGAACCUGCGACCUGCUGUCCUGGUGGCACAAAAGUUUAACCCACUGUGCCACCAGGGGUUCCAGGAAUUGAAAUUAACAGAUAGAAUAAGACUUGUAGAAGUGUGCCCACGUCUGUUUGUUCAUUUCUUAGUUCACUUUGUGUGUCUAUGUUGAUAUCUAUUUCAUUGGUGUUUUUGUUUCUGAUUUAAUUUUGUAUUUUAUGUAUUAGUUUGCUGUGUAGUUCAAGCAUUAUAUACAAUUUCUGCCUUCUUUGUUUUGUUGUUUUUAAUGUCUAUUUUUUAUAUAUAUAUAUUUCUUUUUGCAAAAGGGUUGAAAUUGCUGAAACCAGAGUCGAAUAGGUUUUAGCCCAAAAUGAGUUUUAGUGCCUAAACCAGAGUGCCUUUGAACAUCAUUUCUGGCCUCUGUGUUGGUCUUGCUUCAGACAUGAUUAUUCCUAUUCUGUUAUGUAGAACAUAUAUUCACUGCUUUGGAAUCCCUGGUAGCGCAAUGGGUUAAACUUUUAUGCCCGCAGGACUGAUAACUGACAGGUCAGAGGUUCGAAUCUGGGGAGAACAUGGAUGAGCUCCUUCUGUCAGCUCCAGCUCUCCAUGUGGGGACAUAAGAGAAGCCUCCCACAAAGAAGGUAAAAGAAACAAACAAACAAAUCUGGGUGUCCCCUGGGCUACAUCUUUGCAGAUGGCCAAUUCUCUCACACCAGAAGCAACUUGCAGUUUCUGAAGUCACUCCUGACAUGAAAAAAACUGCUUUGAUCACCAUCUAUUGCUUUUUAAUGUACUGUUUCUUCAGUAAAUCUUGAAUUGAUCCUC